UUGCAUUGCUUUUUCCAUACCUUAUACCGAUUUCUUAUACCCAAAAUAUAAGAGUAUUCACGGUAAUGCAGAAGAAUGGAAGCAGUACAUAGUGAACGCACUGCUUGUAUAAGACAGCAAGCAGUGUGCGGUUGCCCAUGGCGUAAUCUCGAUUAAAUAAUACUAAUGUUCUCAGUAAACUUAUCAACUGUUUUCAAAUAAAUAAGUUAACAAAUAAUAAUAAAAAAGACACAAAAGUAUACUAAUAAAAGAAGUACUUUUAACUGACAAUGCUUUGGAGUUUGAUACUAUUUCUGAUAUUUCACGAACAAUGUCAUGGAUUUAAGUUUACAAUCGUGCACAACAAUGACAUGCACGCCAGGUAUGACCCAAUGAAAGGAAGCAGUGGAAAUUGUCCGAAGGGAGAUGACGAGAGAGGCCUGUGCUUUGGAGGCUUCGCUAGAGUGGCUACAGCUGUAGCUAAGGCCAGAGCUGAGGGACCGACACUCUUUCUAAAUGCAGGCGACACGUAUCAGGGAACGUCCUGGUAUACUGUUUACAGAGGCGAUCUGGCAGCUGAGCUUAUGAAUAUGCUCAAUCCAGAUGCAAUGUCCCUUGGAAACCACGAGUUUGAUGACAAUAUCGAUGGGCUACUUCCUUUUCUUAAUAAGGUCGACUUUCCUGUAGUGACUUGCAAUUUGAACCUAAGUAAGGUUCCUCAAUUGGAAAGUGCAAAGAGGUUGAUGCCGUCAACGAUCAUUACAAAAUUGGAAAAACAGAUUGGCAUUAUUGGCUAUCUUACGCCUGAAACAAAAGAUCUAGUUGCAUUAAACGAUAUGGAGUACUACAAUGAAAUACCAUCAAUUAAUGCGGAAGCGAAAAAACUCUUAAAGAAAGGAGUUAAUAUUAUAAUAGCCCUGGGACAUUCUGGUUACAAGAAGGAUCAGGAAAUCGCCUUUAGUUGUCCAGAUGUGGAUGUUGUCAUCGGUGGACAUUCUCACUCCUUUCUCUACACGGGCGAUCCACCGUCUACAGAUAAGCCCGAGGGAAACUAUCCAACUAUUGUCGUCAAGCCAAAUGGUCGACAGGUGCCUGUCGUGCAGGCAUAUGCGUAUACCAAAUAUUUGGGUAAAAUUCAUCUGGAGGCAAGUAAAUACUGUAUAGUAAUAACAAUUUUAUAUGAAUUAAGUUUUAUUCGAAUACGCAGCUCAAUUGAGAAAAAAUCCGACGGCAUAAUAACCCAGAGCGAUAUAUUGACGACAAUUCCGUUUGAUAACGAUCUUUAUAUCACGAGAAUCAGUGGAAAAGCUAUUUGGAAUGCCCUCGAACACGCGGCUGCUGUUGUCCUUAGCUGGACCGAUGGAGCGUUCCUUCAGGUUUCCGGUCUACACGUUGUCUAUAAUACGGAUAUGCCAGAGGGAAGCCGUGUCGUCUCUGCGGAAGUGCGCUGUGCCAGUUGCACGGUACCCUCUUACAGCCCCCUUAACGACACCGAGUACUACAAGGUGAUUGUGACGCAGUUUAUACUUGAUGGUGGUGAUGGCCACAUCAUGAUCGAUGAAGUCAAUCCUGAGAGGUUGCGUAUGCAGAAAACAGUCCGCGAAGCUGUUAACCAGUAUCUGCAGCAUCACAAAUUCGUCUAUACGGAAGUGGAAGGUCGCAUUGAGUUUAGAGCAUUUCUCGAAAGCGUAACCACUGGUUCUGCGAUAAAAUUAAUCAGUUGCCUUGAGAAUUUGUUGAUUUCAACUGUUUCUAUAUUGCUAAUCAUAUAAGCUAUUUUAAAAUUAAUAUGUUGUCGUUUAAGUGUGUGAGCUCGC